AUGGCCUCUGUGCCCACCACCUGGUGCUCCGUUGCUCUAGCCCUGCUUGUGGCCCUGCACGAAGGGAAGGGCCAGGCUGCUGCCACUCAGGAGCAGCCCGCGCUCUCGCCCCAUGCCCAAGGCGCCCACCUGCGGUUCCGCCGCUGCUCCUGCAGCUCCUGGCUUGACAAGGAGUGCGUCUACUUCUGCCACCUGGACAUCAUCUGGGUGAACACUCCCGGACAGACAGCUCCUUACGGCCUGGGAAACCCGCCAAGGCGCCGGCGCCGCUCCCUGCCAAGGCGCUGUGAGUGCUCCAGCACCAAGGACUCUGCCUGUGCCACCUUCUGCCAUCAGACACCCUGGGCUGAAGCCGGGUCAGUCCUAAGCAGCCAGUCCCCUGCAGAUGUGUUCCAGACUAGAAAGACAUGGGCCAAGGAAGGAGAGCUCCUCCAGAGACUAAGGGACAUCUCUGCUGCCAAGAUCCGCUCUGCCAGGCGACAGCGGGAGGCAACAAGGGAGCCCAAGCCGGCCCACUCCAGGUGGAGGAAGAGAUAGCACUGCAGGCUGGGAAAUGUUGAGAAGAAAGCCCAUGUGGACACGGGAGGAGAGGGCAGCUCAUGGAGACCCUCCACCUGUUUCCUGGGCCAGGGCCUUGGCCCCAGCCAGCUGGACCCAUUUGCUGGGGCUGGCAUAGGUGCUGGCCUCCCCACAUGUGCGGGAGGCUUCCUCAGGACAGCCUGGUGCCCUCAUGCUGCACAGCCCCCGGCCCCCAGAUGGCAGGGCAGUCUGCUGGCGAUGGCUGCUGGCCCCCAGGCCUGCUGAAAGUGACUGAGGGAGGCCGAGUGAACCUGGAGGUCGUGUCCCGAGGAACUUCCUGUUUGCUGGGCUACAAUCCAGGAGGGACCUUGCAGUGUGGCAGGCUCACACCUAAGGCAGUCGUGGAGCCUGCGUGGGUCCCCCCAGGAGCUGGAAUCCUGACCAGCCCCAUCUGUCCUCUCUGGCUCCCCCUUCCCAGAGGCCGGGUCCCCCUCAUG